AUGGCGGCGCGGGUGGCGGAGGAGGGAAGGGCACGGGGGGGCGGGGCGGGGCGCGAGCGUGACCGGGCGCGGGGCCGCGCGUGCGGGACGGCGGCGCGAUGGCGCGAGGCGGCCGAGACACUAUUUAGGGGCAGCGGCCGCGGGGCGCGGGCGACGCCGCCGGAAAUUCUGUGCAGCAUGUUUUCUAGGUGGAACUGGGUGGCCUGUGGCUUCUAUCUGGUGUUGAAUAUUUGCUCUCCUAACGCUUCAAGUGGACUUGUGCAGUCAUGUGGUCACAUCAUCCCGGAAUCUCCUGUGCUGCCCCUUGGUUCCAAUUUCACAGCAUUAUGCAUUCUGAAUGAGAGUUGUCUUGACUUUGGCAAUAUCUAUGCCAGUCAGAUUAUCUGGAAAAUUAAAAAUAGAGUGGUACCUAAAGAACAGUAUCGUGAAGUAAACAAAACAGUUUCGAGUGUCACAUUUAAUGACACUUCUUCACUAGCUACACCUUUGACAUGCAACAUUGUAGCAGAUGGACAGAUUGAACAGAACAUUUAUGGAAUUACAGUUACAGUAGGCUUGCCCCCAGAGAAGCCCAAGAACUUAAGUUGCAUUGUGCAUCAGGUGUCAAAACUCACAUACCAUAUGACUUGUACCUGGGACCCUGGAAGGCAUACAUACCUGGAUACUCAGUUCAGGUUGAGAUACAGCUGGCCAGAAGAUAUCUUUCCUGACUGUAUACCAAAAGAUGUAAACAAUUCUUGUACAGUUCAUGAYGUUCACUUCUUUGUUAAUACGGAGAUCUGGGUAGAAGCAGCAAAUGCACUUGGGAAGGCUGAAUCUGAUCCUCUUGUUCUUGAUCCCGUUGACAUUGUUAAACCACUGCCUCCGCAGAAUGUAUCAGUCAUGUCCACAGUACUUCCUACAGUUCUGGCRCUUUCCUGGGAGAAUUGGAUUCCAUACACUGUGAUAAAGCUGAAAUUCAAUAUUCGCUAUAGGAUCGUUGGUGACACAAACUGGAUGGAGGUUCCUUCUGAAGACACAGCUUCCCAGAGAACUUCAUUCAGUGUUCAGGGGCUCAGACCCUACACAGAGUAUGUCUUUUCCAUUCGUUGCAUGAAGGAAGAUGGAGUGGGCUACUGGAGUGACUGGAGUGAAGAAAAGACUGGGAUAACCACUGAAGAUAUACCUUCUAAAGGACCACCCAUAUGGAGGAUCAUUGAUGCAUCUCACUCACCAGCUUCCUGGAUUGUGCAUCUGUUGUGGAAGGCACUGAAGCCAUUUGAAGCCAAUGGAAUAAUAUUGCAGUAUGAAGUGACUGUCAGAGAUAAGUCAUCACUUUCCAGUUCCCUGAAGAAAUACAAUGUUACCAGCACCAACCAUACAUUACAGCUGCCCAAUGGAACUUACGAAGUUACUGUGAUUGCCCGUAACAGCGCUGGGGCAUCUCCUCCAUCAGCUUUGCUUAUCCCAGCAAGUAAUUCAAAAGCUCCUGUGAAGAAUCUUAGAACAUUACCUAAACAUGACAAGUUGUGGGUAGGAUGGACUGCUCCCAACAGUUAUGUUGUUAAAUAUGUAAUUGAAUGGUGUCUGGUGUCCAGCUGCUCAGACUGCAUCAUAGAGUGGCAGAUUGCACCAGGAGAUGUUCAAGGAAUAGACUUAAAAGGUAUAAAGCCAUUCAAGUGUUACUUGAUUACUGUGUACCCUCUGUAUGCUGAUGGUCAGGGAAGUGGACAGUCUGUGAAGGCUUAUCUUAAGCAAGAUCGUCCUUCAAAAGGACCUAUCGUUCAGACAAAGAAAGUAGGAAAAGCUGAAGCUGUUUUGACAUGGAAUCAUCUCACAGUUGAUGAACAAAAUGGAUUUAUCCGAAAUUACACAAUAAUUUACAAAACAAUUGAUGGAAAUGAAACAGUUGUGACAGUGGAUCCUUCCAAGACAGAGUAUACCCUUUCCCCUCUAACCAGUGACACACUGUAUACUGUGAGGAUGAUGGCAUCUACAGAUAAUGGAAGCAGGAGCGGUCCUGAUUUCACAUUUACUACACAAAAAUUUGGAAAGGGAGAAAUUGAAGCCAUAGUUGUACCUGUGUGUCUAGCAUUCCUGUUGAUUGUGCUCCUUGGGGUUCUGUUUUGCUUCAACAAACGUGACUUAAUUAAAAAACAUAUCUGGCCUAUUGUACCUGAUCCAUCCAAGAGCAACAUUGCUCAGUGGUCUCCUCAGGUUCCAGCUAAGCAUAACUUUAAUUCCAAAGAUCAGAUGUACCCAGAAGGCAGCUUUACAGAUGUAAGCGUCGUAGAAAUAGAAGCUGAUGACAAGAAGUCUUUUUCAGAACAAGAUCUAAAACCCUUUGACUUGCUUAAAAAAGAAAAAAGUACUUCAGAAGGGCACAGCAGUGGUAUUGGAGGAUCCUCGUGCAUGUCUUCUCCUAGGCAAAGYGUCUCUGACAGUGAUGAAGGUGAAACCACACAGAACACUUCGAGCACUGUGCAAUAUUCAACUGUAGUACUUAAUGGCUACAGAGACCAGACACCUGUACAAGUCUUUUCAAGGUCUGAGUCAACUCAGCCACUGCUAGAUUCAGAAGAGAGAUCAGAGGAUCAUGCUGGAGGAGCUGACACUACAGCACAGAGGCAGCAGUAUUUCAGACAAAAUGGUGGUCAGGAUGAAACCAACACAGACAGGCCAUGCUUUGAAAGAGCAAAGCAAAUUACUCAUGCUAAUGAGGGGGAUCUUGUUGGAUUUCUUCAACUGCAGAUCUCAGGUCAGAGUUCACAGCCAUUGGGCCUUGGGAURGAAAAAAAUACCCAGGAAGCUGCUCUAUCAAAUGUUUUACAGACAAGUACUGAAGGACAAACUGUGCGACCUGAAACAGUGGAAGAGAAUCGGCUGUCAGUUGAUGAAAUGCCAAAAAGUUACCUCCCACAAACUGUGAGACAAGGGGGCUAUAUGCCUCAGUGAGAGAAGAGACUGGCUCUGUUUAGGCCUUCAUUAGUGCCURUUCACAUGUUCCCCUGUGUUUCUGAUAAACUAAGCUAGAUAUUUUUAUCUGACUGCAGAUAGAAAUACUGAAAUCAAGUGAAGAGUAAUUUGAUAAAAUACAACAAGGACUGUUUUUGUGGAAAAUUUCCAGUUGAGACUUACUGGAGAUUUACCUUUAUGCACUACAUAAAAUCUUAUAUCUGGAUAGCUGAACAAGCCUUUUGCUACUU